UGACCUGCCGAAGUUCUUCGCCAAUGAUGGUGUCGAUGACAACGUAAUCUUACGUUGUCUGCCUCUAAUAUUACGAGCUGGUCAGAUUGGCAAGCGAUAUUACGCCGAGAGUUCCGGAAGGCCAACUACGACGUUAGCAUGGCGGAACAGCUUCGCAUGCGUCGCUGGCACAAGGGCGAAACAUUCUCCCAAUAUUACACUGACCGACGGAGGUUGCAGAACGCUGUAUUAGGUGAGUCAGCGACCAGUCAAACAUUAAUCAGUGACCUUCUGCUCGGCAUACCGCAGAGCAUGCAUGCGCUCAUCAAAGCGGGUACGGGAUACAACGCUAAUCCGGCGAUCUCUUUGGCCGAUUUCAAACGUUCCGCUCAUACAAACAACGCAAUCUCUUCAGGUCCUUGGAGACCAAGGAACCAGCCUUCAAGAGGGGGUAACUACUCCCAGAACAAUACAAACAACGGGAAUACGAACCAACCACGAUGGCAGAAUCGCGAUCGCGACUGGUCCAAUAACAAUACCAGUACGUCUCAAUCGAAAGUCAGAGACCAACUCCUCGUACCGGGUUCAUCCAAAAUACAACGAAUUCGAAUCAAAACCAGUGGAAGCGGAACACGCCAAUAAAUUCGAAACCGAACCAGAACUGGCGUGCGAAGACUAACACAGUGGAACCCAAGGAGUCUGAUGGAAGAGACACUGAAGAACUGGCACUCACCGAAGA